UCGAGGGUGGUGGGAUUUUUGAGGACUUCCGGGACGCCUUGGAGCGCUUUCCCGCGUGCCUCGAGACGCUCGCGCGCCCGGUCUGGCUCUUGCGCUUCGUUUGGGAUUAGACACUAUGAGACAAGAGUAAUAUGGAAGAUUUCAAACAUAUUGGGGAUGAGACAUUUCCAAGUGUUUUGGUCAACUCUAUAGCUAACCAUACCAAUGAAAUUUUAGACAAUAUCACACUUUCAUCAAAUCUUGGUCUUCCAGUUGCCGCUUCAACAGAAACCAGACAAAAAACUGGUUCUCAAAGCAGACUUUCUGAUCAUGCUUCUUACAUUGAAAGGAAAUUUUUGGCCACAUUAGCAUCUUCCUGUGGUGGUGAACUUGAUUCAGAUCCAAGAAAAAAUCUUAUGCCUAACUUUCACGAUACUGUGGAAAACUGUGAUAAUGCUGCUGAGAUUAUCUUGGAGCCACCCCAAAAAGUUUUGCAGAGAAGACAAAGCCAAAACUCUACUGAUGAUUGCUUAGACAAAAAUCCAAAUAGCUUCCAUGAAAAACAUUUAGAAGAUUUGACAACUAAAGAAUAUAUUUCCUUGGAAAAAGAAAAUGAAAAUCAGUUUGCUUCAUUAGAUCCUGAUCAGAAUGAUAUAGCAAGUAAAACAGCCAGCAAUUCUGUGGCUGGGUUUUCCAGAUUUAUAGAAAAUGAGAAAUUGCUGAGCUUUGAGAGCCUCGAAGAAUGUUCUGCAGAUUAUGAUAUUGGAGAUGAAGAAUUCUGUGAUGACCAGUUGGAAGCGUAUUUUGAACAGCUUGUACUGCCAGAAAUUGAAGAUGCAGAGGAACAUGGGGACUAUAUUAAAAGCAUGGAAUUAGCUCCAGAACAGGAAAAUUUUCAGAUUCCAACUGUUUAUCAAGCAACAGUAAGAAAUCAUUCUCCUAUUGCAAGUUAUGAAGAAUCAUAUGAUGUUAAGGAAAAACAUUACAGCAUGCAAGAAGAACAAUUCAAGUUGCCCAUAGUUACAAGGGAAGAGAACAAUGAAAACUAUAAAUUUAAUCCUAAAUCAGAGUACCGUAAGAGUUCUGAUAAACUUUCUGUGGGAACAGCAGCAAAUCUUUCCGAAAUCAAAAGCAGAAAAACAGAUUCUCAACAUAUUUGUUCAGAGAUAGAAGAUUAUGAUGACUAUGAUAGGGAAGAUGGAAUAUUCAAAAUUACUACAGAUGGCAGAAAUAAUGCCACAAAUGAAAUCAUCUCUGAGCUAAAUCUUGAUUCACUCUACUUUAAAUGUAUUGAGGAUAAUGCUGCUUCUGAGAUCUGGAAUACAGAACAACAAAUCAAAUUUCCCAACCAGUGUCAAAUGGCUAAUGAAAAUCACAUUUCUUUAGCUGAUGUUUAUCUGUCCCCCACUAUUUGCAAAGAAUCUGAACAUGAUCAACAUACAACGAAAGAAGACCAGUCACAUAAUGUUGUAUACCAAAAUGAAGAGGGUAAAUGGGUGACAGAUCUUGCAUAUUAUACCUCAUUUGAUAAAGAAGAAAAAUCCAAUGUUUCAGACAUAAGUGGAGACUUUAUAACUGGAGCUGAAGCGAUAGCUAUGAUUGCCCAAGAUCAGGAAGUAUUUGAAAGGGAACACAGGUUUAUGCAGGAAGAGAAAAUGGAUGUGCAAAAUAUAUCUGGAUUAGAAGAUGCAUCUUGGAAAUCAGUUAAUAACCACAAUAUAUUAAGAGAGUCUCAAAAUGACUUUAAUAGAGAUGCAAGUUAUUUACGACUUUCUCUGGGAGAAUUCUUUGGUCAGAGAUCUGAGGCUCUUGGUUGCCUUGGUGGAAGUGGUGAUGUGAAACGGCCGUCUUUUGGUUAUCAUAUCACUUCUCCAAAGAAGAGACAGCCCAUACCUUUGUUGAGGCAAUCUGAUAUAUAUACAACAAACUUUGGUGAACAGGAUUUGAAUAUUUCUAGUAAUUGUCCAGGAGAUGUAAAAGAAAACAUUAAAAAGGAAGUUGCAUUUGCUACUUCUGCUGUUGGUGAAUCAGAUAUGCAGUCCAGAGAAAAUAGAACUAAUCAAUCUAGAGACAGAGAACUUGAAAGAAAGCACCUUCAACUUGAGCCCUCUGUCCUGAGUGUGAGCACAAUUGCAUCCGCGAUUGCAAAUGCUUCUGUUAGCGCUGAACCAUCACAGCUAGCUGCUUUGAUAAUGGCACUUUCAAAUAAAAAUAAAGAAGGAAUAAAUGUUCCAGAAGGUGACAAACUCACAGACUUCUCAGUUGUCAAUCAGUUAUUAUUGAGCAAUAUAGAAAAUAGUACAUUUGAUAUAGAAAAGUAUCUCAGAAGAGCUGAAGAAGUUGAAAGUAACAAUGAACAAGAAACCCUGAUUAAACAUGAAGAAAUCACCAUAGAUCGGCACAAAUUUUUGUCCACUCAUGAAUCCAAAACUCUCUCGGGAGAUUCAUCUAAAAACAAUUUCAAUACCGAUCAUGGAAAAGAGAAGCAGCAUCUGGAAAAAAUAUAUGAAGGAAACUGUGUUGGAGGAUUGCACUGUAGCAUUUCUUCUGAGCAGAAAACAGAAGUGGAAUAUGUGCAAGCAUCAUCUAAUACAGUUGAAUAUUUUCCAUCAAAAGAGCAGACUUCAUUACAAAAUUCAAAAGAGGAGCCACCUGAAAAUGCUGGAGUAUCUUCAGAGACCGAGUUGCCAUCAAUGCCAACCAAUUCUAAAUCAGAGGAAAGAGCUAACACGAGCACCCUCCCUUUCGAUUUAAAGGUUAUACCAGUAUUGGUUCCCCCUAUUCCUAACAAUGAAAAAGCUACAAAUAAAGAGAAUAGUACAUGCUAUAAUGAAAAACAUGUGACUUUUGAAAACAUACAUCUUGAUAAUCAGACUAUAGUGGGUGAAGCUGUUGGAAGAACUGAACCAAAGCUUAUGACAUCAACGCCUGGUGUACAAAUUUCAGAUGAACAGUAUAGCUUCAGACCUUCAACUUCCCCACUGACUCAUUCAUCUCCAAGUGAAUCUUCAGGAGCUACCUUUACAGGGUCUGACUUUCCUUCUACAUCACCCAACUUUAAGAAAUCAACUUGCAAUGACAAUACAUUACGACAAUCAGUAUACACUGAUCCUAGCUUAGAACAUUUGACUUUUGUUUCUGCCACUGAAAACACUUGUAAAAGUCUAGCUCUAUCUAGUCCAACAAGAUACAAAAGUAAUCGUACCAGUGAGUUGAGUACCACAAUAGUUUGGAAUAGUCCAAGUUCAUUAAUGGAGACUCAAACAGGAAAAAACAUUGCUUUGCAAAGUAACAAAUCUCUAUCAUUAAGCAAAAAUGCAAAAGCUAAGAGUCUAAUUAUAAAUGAAAAUGUAGAUCAUAACAAUCAAUGUGAUAAGAAAAAAUCAACUGGAGAACUUCCAACAACAAGCAAAGAUCAAUCCACACAGAACUGUAAAAAAAAUAAUGAACUGGAUCAGGUUGAUAUGCCUGCAGUACAGCAGUAUUACACAAAUGCCGUACAUGGACCAGGCUUACAGUCUCCCAAAAAACUGUCUACUUAUAAUGAUUUAGGCAACUGUAUUUCAUUAAAUCAAAAUAGAGAGCUUUUUAAAUCCCAGAGUGCAGCUUCAAAGCUUUCGUUAAUGUCUUCUGGACUUCCAGCACUAUUAGCAGGAUGUUCUCUUAAAUCAACUCCAUUUGCCCAGCAAUAUUUGGGAAGCUUGCCAGCUCAUACAAACGUUGUUUUGCCUCGGUACUGUCCACCAGUUCUUAGUGUUCCAGCAGGUCUGAUUUAUUCUACGAUUCCUGUUGGUCACAUUCAAAGCUCAGUAACUCCUGGAAUAGCAGUAGGUUCCAGCACUGGGUCUGGAAUGACAGGAACAACUCAGCGUUGCAAUCUUACAUCCAACCAAAAUAUCUUUAGUAGUACCUUACAUCCUGGGCAAGCACCUGAUGCUGGGGGACUCAGGCAGAGGGAAGAAUCAAUGUCAUUUGGGUUUGAACGUGUCAAAGUCCCAGAAGAAGUAAAAUUCCCUAAUUCUUGUUGUGUGGGUCUGACAUCCCAUGCUGUCCUUAACAUUUUUAAUCCAUCUGAACGAUGGCUACAAGUCAAUAUUUGCCUUCUUAGUAUUAUGCUUGAUGGUGAAAAGGUGGACCCUUUGAAACACAGAUGCCUGCUAUUUAAGAGCAAAACUGUCAUAGGACCUUGUGCUACAGAAGAACUAAAAAUGCUCUUUUUACCCUGUCAAGCUGGAGUAUUCCAGUGUGUACUUAAUAUUGCCUCUUGGCCAUUUUCUGCAGAUCCAGAUAUCAUUGUUCAGGCAGAGGCUUUAGGAUCUAGGGUAGUUGUGAAUGCAAUUGCUGAAAAUCCUGAUAUAGAGGUGGAAGCAGGAAGAACAAAUUCUCUUGAUUUUGGUGAUUUGCCAUAUGGCAGCUGGAAAACGCUCCCAUUGAAAUUAACUAAUAAAACUUGUGCUAGAAUGCCAAUCAGGCUUGUUAUUCAUGCAAAUGCUGUAGCAUGGCGUUGUUUCACAUUUUCCAAGGAACCAGUAAAUCCAUCUCUUAAAAGUGCAGUUCCCUCUUACAACAUUUCUCAACUAGCAGCUCCAUCUGUUAUAUCUCAUGUAAUGAAUGCAAGCUGUAAUACACAAGAUCCUGAUGUUUUAGUAGUAUGGGUCCAAUUUCGUGCACCAAGCAAGUGCACAAAUUCAGAUUCUUUGGGACCAGCUGAUGAGUACUUUGCAAGAAUUGAUGUGGAAAUUGAUUGUCCAGAGCCUGGUAAUGUUUUAAAAAGUAUACCUUUGAGUGCAAGGUCUGGAACCCCUAGGAUAUAUGCUCCUAAGGGCCUACAGACGUUAUAUAUGUGUGCAAAAAUAGGAUCAGCAACAAAACAGCAGUUACCAUUAAAGAAUGCUGGGAAUAUAAAAGUUAAUUUGAAGAUCAUGACAGUUGAGCCAGAUAACUGUAUAUCUAUCAAUCCUGAGGAUCUGAUUCUUAUACCUGAAGAAGAACAAGAAGUAACUAUUGAAUUUUCUCCAAAGAACUGUAAAAAUUCAGAUAGUGUUGUGAAAAUAAUGGUUUUGCCAUCUGGGCCAGAAUAUAAAGUAACAGUGAAAGGUGAUGUGUCAAUGGAAGAGAACAAACCAUUGGUACAAAAGUGCUCCAAUUCAGAAGUUCCUCCGAUUCUUUCCAACAAGCAGCUUUUGAUAUGGGGAGGUGUACAGGUUGGCAGAACAGUGCAACAGAAACUAAUUCUGAGAAAUGACUCUUCAUCAACUUCUCAGCAGUUAAGAUUGCUAAUAAGGGGUCAGGAUCAAGACUGCUUCCAGUUAAAAGUUGGAGAAUAUGUAUACAAUAACUGCGAAAUCAAGAUCCGCCCAAAGCACGAUUAUAGUAUCUGUCUAACAUUUACACCGUAUCGUUUAACUUGCAUGUUUGCAAAGUUGGAAAUGAAACAGCUUGGUGUUCUAUCUCAGCUAGGAAUCAAAUUCACUAUACCAUUGUAUGGUUAUGGAGGAAAAAGCAACGUGAGAUUAGAAGAUGUUAAAAAACAUGCUAACAGAUAUAUAUUAGGAUUGCCUGAUUUAGCACCUGGUAAAACAAGUCAUACUACUUUCUCUGUACAAAAUACGGGCUGCCGGGCUGCCUAUGUAAAAGCAUUGUGUUUUAAAAACAUUUAUGAAAAAAGUGUCAUUGAUCCAAAUACAAUGAGAAUCCUUCCAGAAAAGUUCAUUCUUAAAGAAGGUUCGAAGCAGAGAAUUGCAGUUACAUAUAUUCCCUCUGAAGAAAUCAAGAAUUCAUCAUCAGUGUUGUCUACAAUUUGCUUAUUUUAUGGUGAUGAAAUUUUGAGACAACAAUGUUGCAGAACAAUACAACAUAAACCUGAACAAUUGCAAAAAAUACUUUCUCCUGAUAAUCCGGUAGUAAAUAUUAAAUUUGAUGAAGAAUUUCUUGGAGAAGAGCUGGUGGAAGAAGUAUAUGACCUUCCACAACACCUAAAUGAUCUCCAGUAUUUUUUGACAAACAUGCGAAAGAUUACACUCUCUGUUGUUAAUGAUUCUGCUAGCACCGUAUCUGAUACUAGGCCAUCUUCACUACAUCAAGUGGCAUUGGAGAGACCUGGUUUUCCUGAGAAGUCUGCUAUGACUCUGGAUGUACUACCCGUUAAAGGACCUCAUGGCUGUGCCCUAUCUUCAAAAAAUGAUGGCCUAAAUGAAAAUACCCUUGUUUCUCAUGAAACCUGGACUCUUCAACCAGAAUUCCUGAUUCUCACAGCUCCUUUUCAAAGUGGUGCAACAGUUACUAAAUAUACACAAAUAACGAAUAACUCAAACCGAUCAUUGAAAUUUGAACUAUCAUGGCCUGCUCAUUGUCUUACAGUAACUCCUCAACAUGGAACUAUUGAACCAGGGAGCAAUAUUUCAAUUCAUGUGAGUCCGAAUCCAUCACUUGCAGAUAAUAAAUCAAUAUUUCCAUGGAGUGGCCUUAUAUACAUACUUUGUGAUGGUGGACAAAAACUUGUUAAGGUUCAAAUUCGGGAAAAUAUCACUGAGAAGUCAUCUGAAAAGAGCUCACUAACUGCUAAAAUGGGUGGUCAACAACAGUCUGAACUAGCUGUUACUCACAUACAACCAUGCCAGAAAAAACAGCUGACCAAACUUGAAGUAAAAAAUCGGACCAUAUUUUUUCCUGAGACAAAAUCUGGUGAACAUUCAGAAAAAUACCUAGAGAUUGAAAAUAAUGGAGAUGAAAAUUUGAAGUGGUUUUUGACUUCUUUUGCACCACCCUAUGUCAAGGAUGUUGAUGAAAAUGGAGAUGUUUACAGAGCUACAUAUGCUGCUUUCCAAUGUUCCUAUCUUUCAGGUACUCUUGAAAUUUGUGGAAAAGAAAAAAUUAUAGUGUCGUUUCUACCUAGAGACAAAGGGCACUAUUCUCAGUUUUGGGAUCUUGAGUGUCACCCAUUGCAUGAGCCUCAUUUGACAGACAAAUAUAGACUUCAGUUUUGUGGAAUGAGUAUCCUAAGCAGUAAACAGUUAAAAAACAAAGUAUCCACAUCAUCAUUGGUAAAAAUCAAUAUUCGAGAUGUAUCACAAAGGAGAGAAUACCUCAGUAUAUUUGAUCACAACAUAUGGAAAGGGGUAUAUGCCCAAGAAGAUGUCUAUACAUUUCCUGCAACUAAGGUUGGCGAAUCAAGUACAUUGAAAAUCAGCAUGAAGAAUUAUUCUAUGUCUUCCUGCCAGCUCAACUUUAGAAGUCCUGGAGACCCUUUUUAUAUCAAGCAUUCCCAUUAUAAUUUGAGAUGUCACCACUACUGCAAUUUACCAGUCCAAUUCAAACCAAGGUCCCCAGGCAUUUUCAAAUGCUUAUUGGUGGUUGAGACAGAUAAAAGUGGAACUCUUACUAUUCAACUAAUUGGUGAGGGUUUGGCAGAAAAAUAGUUAAAUAUGUUGUUAACCAUGCAGACUAUGACUAAAUUAUUAAAUUUCCAUUUUUGUAUACAAAAUAAAUGUAUAGGUAACUCAAAUAUUUGUAAAUUUUAAUAAAGUAAAUUUAUUAAUGUAUGUUAUCAUGGAACCAGUGCACUUUUGCUGUUGAAAGCAGCAAUGUAAGUAACCUUUGUUUUGAUUAUGAUUUCUCAAAUGACAAUGUAUGAAUUCAUUUUUUUUAAAAAAAUAAAGCUUUCUUUAAAUAUUU